UUGGGCGAGCUCUCCAAGCAGCGGAGGCAGACAUGAAGCAGUGGUGAGAGCCCGGCGGAGAGCUGCGGAGCUGAAAUGAAGCGCACACCCGGAGCGGCUCACACCGUGCAGCUCCGUGCGGCUAGAGGAAGAGGCUCCGCGCCGCUAAAGCUGAAGGCUGCUCCGGCUGAAUGAAGGGCUCCGUCCAUGCGGAGGCUAGCGCUCAUUCUGCUGCCCUGUGCUGUCGCCUUCCUGGUGCACUUGUGGUUGGCACAACGACCCUCCUCCACCCCGCUGGACAACAGCACACACUCGGAUGGAGCACUACCUUUCUAUGAAGUUUUGGUGGGAGUGCUGUCAGCCCGACACCAUUAUGAACUGCGACAAGCGAUAAGGGAGACCUGGCUGGGCUACCUCCGAGAUCACCCCCACUUCCAGCACAGGGUGGGUGUGAAUUUCAUCGUGGGCAAUCAUGGGUGUCCCAUUCCGGAGGAGGACAGAGAGGAUCCGUACUCCUGCUCCAUCCUGAACUUCACCGAGCCAGUAACUGGCCGCCAUCCCUCUUCCCCAGUGACGGGGCAGGAUGCAGAGAUAGAGAUCGUGACUGUUUCUGACCCCUCUGUGCUCGCCCCGUCCGACGUGUCGGCCAUCGCCCUGGAUUUCAAGGUCCUCCACCCGGUGGUGAUCACCAGGCUGGGGGUGUUUCCCAGUGGGACUCGACCCGAGCUUCAGAGCAACAUAACGGUUAAGCUUCUCCAGCUGGACCAGGAGGAGGCUGUGGUUACUGCUCGCUUCAGUGCCAUCAGCCCAGGGACCAUGGUGAACUGGGUGUGGUACAAACCAGUGGAGCAGUUCAUCUUGCCUAAGGGUUUUGAGGGGACACUGGUUUGGGAGAGUCCGGACUCUUCUGGUCUCACAACAGUCAACUCCUCCUCUGUCCUGCUCAACAAUGGAGGAGGUGUCCUCAAGAUCUCCUCUAUCACAGAGGGCAUAUUGCCUCACAGAAGUGCUCUUGGAUUCCCUGGUUUGGCUGGAGGGUUCACAUUUACCAUCUACGAUGGAGACGGUCUGUCGGGGCUCCUGCGGGGCCGCCCAGCCAGGAUGGAGCACCAUGCCUCCAGGCUGAGGCAGGAGGACGCUGCCUUGCAGCAGGAGAGCCUGAGGCACGGCGACAUGGUGUUCGUCGAUGUCGUAGACACCUACAGGAACGUGCCUUCCAAACUGCUUCAGUUCUAUAAAUGGUCUGUGGGAAACGCUGACUUUAAUCUGCUGCUGAAGACAGAUGAUGAUUGUUACAUUGACGUGGACUCAGUAUUAAUGAAGAUUGACCACAAGGGUCUAAAGCGCAGCAAUUUCUGGUGGGGGAAUUUCAGGCAGAGCUGGGCAGUGGAUCGCAUUGGGAAGUGGCAGGAGCUGGAGUAUGCGAGUCCAGCCUACCCGGCGUUUGCCUGUGGCUCAGGCUAUGUGGUCUCUCGUGACCUGGUCCAGUGGCUCGCCAGUAAUGCAGAGAAGCUGAAGGCCUACCAGGGAGAAGAUGUGAGCAUGGGGAUAUGGAUGGCAGCAGUUGGACCACAGAAAUAUCAGGACCCCGGCUGGCUGUGUGAGAAAGAGUGCUACCUGGACAUGCUGUCGUCGCCCCAACACACAGCUGAGGAGCUGCACAUCCUCUGGGACAGGAAGAGGGCCUGUGGAGACCCCUGCGGUUGUCCCUGGGGCCACUAAAUCUGGCUCGCACCACACUUGCCACUGGCACUGUGGGUAAAAUGCACUCAACAGCGGUUGUCAGUUCAGUGUCUGUGGUUCCCUUAAAAGCCCAAACUGAGCCGUUUCAGAGUUUUAUCAAUGUUAUUUUAUGAUAUAAACACUGAGAUUUUUGAAAAUGUGUGAUUUUCUGUUGGAAAUUAUCUUAAACAACUUUGGGAUUCAAAUGCAGGUUCUCCAUAUUAAAAAAAAAAAAAAAAAAUCCAACAAUCAACCAUUUGCAGCUUGAGAAUACAUUAAAAACACAUGUAGCUGUAGCAUACUAUUAGUAUUUGCAUCAUGAAAUCAGUUACUAAAUUUGAAAAUGUCUUCAGUGGAACGGACAAAAUGUGGAAAAAGACUUUGGGUUUAAAGAUGUUUUAGUAAUCUGGUAACUGACGGGGGUGGACAAGAACCAUGUGCAAUACCAGCAUGUGAUGGUCAUGGUGUACGAGACAUCGCUGUAAUACUUGAGUACUUUGUAAUAUUAUAAUUACUUGUACUCUGAUAUCUCAGACUUAAACCUUUUGCUUUAAAAGGGAUACUUGAUGUUAUUUUUAAGAUGACUGCUUUACA